AGCACCGACGCUCGAUUGUUUUGGGCUGCUAAAAAAUGGUUGCAAAGUGUCAACCAUAGCAAUUCUCUCUCGUUAUUUUUUUUUAAAUAACACUAAUAAAAUUACUAAUUGAUUUCCGCAAUGGGAUUAUCGCAGAGCUCAGAAGUCCCCGAGGGAGGGACGUACGGAUACCACGUCCACGGCAUUCAGCCCAAUUCUCCUGCAGAAAAGGCAGGACUGCAGCCCUUCUUUGACUUCAUUCUGUCUCUGGACAACCAAAGACUCAGUGAGGAAAACGAGCAGCUGAAGGAGCUCCUGAAAGCCAACAUGGAGAGAGCUGUGAGGAUGGAGGUGUACAGCACCAAAACCGCAGGGGUGCGAGAGCUGGAGGUGGUGCCCAGUAGCAUGUGGGGGGGACAGGGCCUGCUGGGCGCCAGCGUUCGCUUCUGCAGCUACCAAGGUGCCAAUGAGAACGUCUGGCACAUACUGGACGUAGAAGCCGGUUCACCAGCGGCACUGGCAGGUCUUCAGUCGUACAGUGACUACAUUGUCGGGGCAGAUCAGGUGUUGCAAGACUCGGAGGACUUCUUCUCGCUGAUUGAAGCCCAUGAAGGGAAAUCCUUGAAGCUGCUGGUGUACAACACACGAACAGACAACUGCAGAGACGUGAUGGUCACACCCAACGGAGCGUGGGGAGGAGAGGGCAGCUUGGGUUGUGGCAUCGGUUAUGGCUACCUGCACCGCAUUCCUGCAACUCCAGAAAUGUCGACAGAGAAGCCCUCCAUCCCAGUUGCAGAAGAAAAAUCCUCUCCACAGGAGCCAACACAUGGGUACACAGAGGCGCCUCUUAUGGCCCCUUCUACCCCCAGUGAAGAUUUGUUAGAUGUGGAGCAGAUCACCCUCCUAGACUCUCUCAUACCUCCACCAGGUCAGACAGUGAUGGACUCUGGUUUAUCUGAUUCCGAUGUGGCAGUGAUGAGCCCCGACCCUGCAGAUCUUUUGGACAGGCUGGACAUGUCCACGUCAUCCAUCGACAUGACCAACACUUCCCUGGCGAUGCAUGAGGAAAAGGAGGUUGACAUAUCUGGUGUUGAGGAGCUGGAGGACAGUGCUCUGCCCUCAUCAUCUGCAGAAAACCAGAGUGAACUACAAGAGCAAGUCUCCCAUGCAGCUGUGGAGCUCACCGCUUCUCUCGCCGCUCCUGACACUUGGUCUGACUCCGGAGUAGCUCCAGCUGAAACUUCUCCUCCCCACACAGAGUCCACAGACCUUCAGAGCUUCGUCAUGGAACCCAGCGGCACCCAGAGUCCUCCUCAGGGUGUGCUGUCCCUUCCUGAGGAGACUCUUCAGCCUUUCACUGAAGAGCCUCCGUGCCCAUCUCCAGUAGACCUGAUCGCGACCGCGGCUGCUAAUGAGGUGGACUUUCAAGUCUUAGGCGAUGUGCAAGAGUCGGCGUGUGAGUCAGCAGAGCCGGCAGAUUAUCAGGACGGUGGGGAAGAACCAGAAAAAACACAUUUUGAUUAAGUUUUUCUUCGGUCAUAUAGAGGCAACGCUAAUGCAUCGUGGCG